AUGUCAUUGAAUAGGACUUCUGUGGAGAAUUCAAAGCUGGCAGAAGGCUUCAGUCAGCAGUCUUAUAUGAAGGGGUAUGUGGUGGCGGGUCCUCCGUCUGCUGGGGCUUUUAAGAAACACCUGUAUAGACCGACCACUUUGCGCAAAGCGUAUGAUAAUGGACUCCUGCCAUUAAUGGUGGUGCAUGGCGGUGUACGCAACAACAUAUCAUGGAUGGGCCAAAUCCAGAGGCUGGACUACUACUACUACCUGCCUCUGUUCUUUGAUGGCUUACGUGAGACUGAUCAUCCAUACGAGCUCUUUGCCCGCCAAGGGAUCCAUGACCUGUUGGAACAUGGAGGCGACAAGAUCCUGCCCAUCAUCCCCUGGCUCAUCAUCCCCAUAAAGAAAGCCCUGAACACACGGGACCCUCGGGUGAUCUGCACAACGCUUAAAGCCCUGCAGCAUCUGAUCAUUUGUACAGACAAGGUGGGAAAAGCUCUGGUGCCAUACUUCAAAAAUAUUCUCCCCAUGUUCAACUACUAUAAGAAUAAGAACAUCUGCAUUGGUGAUGCUAUUGACUACAGCCAGAGGAAGGGACAGAACAUUGGGGACCUGGUUCAGGAGACUCUGGAGAAGAUGGAGCGUUACGGAGGAGAGGACGCCUUCAUAAACAUCAAACACGUGGUGCCCACCUACCAGUCCUGCAUGACCAAGUAA